AUGUUUAUACGCAGAUAGGCCAUCAUCAUCGCGUCUGAUUCAGCUAUUUGAGUAUAUAAAUCCAGUGUUACUAGGGUUUUUUGGCUGCUUCAGUGGAGAGUAUGGCGGAGGAGGAGGAUUCAGAAGUACUCCCUGAAGAAAUUUAUCGGGAAAUCCUGAAAUGGCUCCCUGUAAAAUCCCUGAUGCGAUUCCAGUGCAUCUCGGCGACCUGGAAUUCAAUCAUCAAAGAUCCAACCUUCGCCAAAUCCUACAAUGGCGGUUCACGGGGUCUUCUGAUCCACGAUGAUCAAGCCUUCCAAUCGGAAAACUCAUUCCGAACUAACUUCUACUUCUCCACCCUCGUCGGCCCGACGAGUCAAUUUUCUCACUACCUCAGCCUCAGCCACGAGGAGAACAAGGAAUGGCGCGCCACCAACGUCGUUGACGGCCUGGUUUGUUUGUACCAUCGGAAUCAUUCGUGGCUGUACAAUAUUGCCACACGGGAAAACCUGAAACUCCCUGAUUUAGAUCACAGGAUGAAGGGCAGUUACCAUUUCGGGUUCGAUCCCGCUUCCAAACUGUUCAAGUUGCUCUGUAUACGUCCUGUCUCCCUAAACCAGGCUCCUUGGAAGUGUAAGAUUCUGACCAUCGGGGUGGAUUCAUCCUGGAGAGAUAUCCGUACAUCGCUUUCGGGGAUAACCCGAGGCCGAGGCAGCUGGUGCUCAGAUGGAGUUAUUUACUGGUGGAACAGAUUCGAUUGGCCCGUGAUUUCACACCGACAUUGUACUGGGGCGGUUGCAUUUGAUCUUGUUCAGGAGAAGUUCAGGUUCAUUAGCUUGAUGAAAGAAGAUCCUUCUCAGACAUAUUAUCUUCCACAUUUCGGGACACUGGCUUUGAUGGGUUGGUCUUCUGUUUUCUGGAAUGGAUUGAGAUACAAACCUCUUGCGACUCAUGGUUUCAGGAGGAAUUCUGCAGGAGAUUUGAUGGAAGAUAUCUGGGUCAAUGAUGAUUUAUUUGUUCCAUCAUCUAUCGGCGCAUUUUACUUUGAGGGAAUACUCCCCAAUGGGGAAGUGCUAACAUCCCGUCCUGGUAAAUUUCCAGCUUCCCUUUACUUGUUUGAUCCAAAUAGGGUGGAGAUGCAGGCGAUUUCUGUUAAGACCGAUCCAUCAAUCUGUAUGGGUGUCAAAUGGUCUCAGUUUGCUCGGUGCUUUUUUGAGGAGAAUAUAAUCUCCUUAAAGUGUUUGAUUCCAGAUCAUGCUACUGUAGAAUUUGAUUCUGAAUGCCCAAUUCGUUCAGUUUCAUAGAUGGCGUGAAACUCAACAUUAGAUUUAUUGCAGGAUUCUGAAAGAUCAGAUGCUUUUGGAAUUUAUUGUGGGAUAGUUUAGCAUGUAUUAUGAACUGGUUGAAGAGGAUUAUAUAGUUUAGGAGAGUUCAUUUGUAUGAUUAUCCGUCUUUUUCGUUAUUAAGUUCCUAUAUUUAUGUUAUUCCUUGGCGGUUAUAGAGCCAGAUGCAAAAGCGAAGUGAAAUGGUUACGAAUGAGAAUGUCUUUCCCUGUUGCCUGAGAGCUAACAUAUGCAUGUAGAGGAUAUGAAGUCUGUGAAUCCCAAGUUCAAUCAGUACGUUUCAAUUCUAUAUUGGAGGUUGCUUAUCAUAAUAUAAAGUUCCUGAAUCCUGAUAGGGUGCUUCAGAUGAGAUAUGGGUUGAGAAAGUGGUUUGAAAAAGGAGGCAUGAUCUCUUAUUCAUGUGAAUGGCUCUGUUCAAAAGUUCACCAUUGGUGAUUUCUCUUCUUGGAGGAUUGAUGAGAUGCUUAAUUUGCUAGCAACUUUCUAGUUCACAUUUGAUGAAGAACUGUAUUUUAGUUGAUGAAGAACUGUAUUUGAUGCUUAAUUUACUAUACCCUGUGAUU